AGGAGAAUUGGAGAAGCAGCCUAGGCGUCCACAGCCCAUUGCGUCCGGGUCCACAUCUGCGGUUCGUGGGGAGCGACCCCCGGGCAGCGUCCAAAGUGGAGCUCCCACACACGCUGCGAACCCACGGCCCGUUUUCUUUGAACGUGCGUCCUUGAGCCCGCGGGUGGAGGCGGAGAAACGGGUGCGGAGCGAGUCAGAGGCGACCCCACGCAGGGCCGCAGCCCUCCCACCAGCGCGUCCUGCGGCGCCAGCCGCCACAGGCUGGGAUCGCGGCUGCCGCCCCGCCCCCGCCUCUCCACUCCCUGCCCAGGGCUGCCGGGCCCGCCCCGCCCCGCCCGCAGGUGAAGCGGCCGCAGCCGCCGAGUAGGUGCGUGGGGAUGAUCUCACUCACGCGCUCCGCGCCAGGAGGAGGAGGAGCGGGAGCGGAUCCAACUUCCGGGUAGUGGAGCCGCACGCCACCGGCAUCUUGCUUUUUCUUCCCCCUCCUCCCUUGUGCCCCUCGCCGCUCCCUCUUUCCCUUUUAUUCCCGGCCCCACCCGCCAAAAUGAACAGCUCGGAUGAGGAGAAGCAGCUGCAGCUCAUCACCAGUCUGAAGGAGCAAGCAAUAGGCGAAUAUGAAGACCUUAGAGCAGAGAACCAGAAAACAAAGGAGAAGUGUGACAAAAUAAUGCAAGAACGAGAUGAAGCUGUCAAAAAACUGGAAGAAUUUCAGAAAAUUUCUCACAUGGUCAUAGAGGAAGUUAAUUUCAUGCAGAACCAUCUUGAAAUAGAGAAGACUUGCCGAGAAAGUGCUGAAGCUUUGGCAACAAAGCUAAAUAAAGAAAAUAAAACAUUGAAAAGAAUCAGCAUGUUGUACAUGGCCAAGCUGGGGCCAGAUGUAAUAACUGAAGAGAUAAACAUUGACGAUGACGAUUCAAGUACAGACACAGACGGUGCUGCUGAGACUUGUGUCUCAGUACAGUGUCAGAAGCAAAUUAAAGAACUUCGAGAUCAAAUUGUAUCUGUUCAGGAGGAAAAGAAGAUAUUAGCCAUUGAACUGGAAAAUCUCAAGAGCAAACUCGUAGAAGUAAUUGAAGAAGUAAAUAAAGUUAAACAAGAAAAGGCUGCUUUAAAUUCAGAAGUUCUUGAACAGAGAAAAGUCUUGGAAAAAUGCAAUAGAGUGUCCAUAUUAGCUGUAGAAGAGUAUGAAGAGAUGCAAGUAAACCUGGAGCUGGAGAAGGACCUUCGAAAGAAAGCAGAGUCAUUUGCACAAGAGAUGUUCAUUGAGCAAAACAAGCUAAAGAGACAAAGCCACCUUCUGCUGCAGAGCUCCGUCCCUGAUCAGCAGCUUUUGAAAGCUUUAGAUGAAAAUGCAAAACUCACCCAGCUCCUUGAAGAAGAGAGAAUUCAGCAUCAACAAAAGGUCAAAGAAUUAGAAGAGCAACUAGAAAAUGAAACACUCCGCAAAGAAAUACACAACCUCAAACAGCAGCUGGAGCUUCUAGAAGAAGAUAAAAAGGAAUUAGAAUCGAAAUAUCAGAAUUCUGAAGAGAAAGCCAGAAAUUUAAAGCAUUCUGUUGAUGAACUCCAGAAACGAGUGAACCAGUCUGAGAAUUCAGUACCUCCACCACCACCUCCUCCACCGCCACUUCCCCCUCCACCUCCCAAUCCUAUCCGAUCACUCAUGUCCAUGAUCCGGAAACGAUCUCACCCCAGUGGCAGUGGCGCUAAGAAAGAAAAGCCAACUCAACCAGAAACAACUGAAGAAGUCACAGAUCUAAAGAGGCAAGCAGUUGAAGAGAUGAUGGAUAGAAUUAAAAAGGGAGUUCAUCUUAGACCUGUUAAUCAGACGGCCAGACCGAAGACAAAGCCAGAACCUUCAAAAGGCUGCGAAAGUGCAGUGGAUGAACUAAAAGGAAUACUGGGGACACUUAACAAAUCCACUAGUUCAAGAAGCUUAAAAUCCCUUGACCCUGAAAACAGUGAAACUGAGUUAGAAAGGAUUUUGCGUCGCAGAAAGGUGACAGCAGAAGCAGAUAGCAGUAGUCCAACCGGGAUAUUAGCCACCUCAGAGUCCAAAUCCAUGCCAGUGUUGGGUUCUGUAUCCAGUGUAACAAAAACAGCCUUGAACAAGAAAACUCUGGAGGCAGAAUUCAACAGCCCGUCCCCCCCAACACCUGAGGCAGGUGAAGGGCCCCGUAAAUUGGAAGGAUGCACAAGUUCCAAGGUUACGUUUCAGCCUCCCAGUAGCAUUGGAUGCAGGAAAAAAUACUUUGAUGAUGAAAAACAAGCCGAACCAGUUGUAGUUUUAGAUCCUGUUUCUACACAUGAACCCCAAACCAAAGACCAGGUUGCUGAAAAAGAUCCAACUCAACACAAGGAGGAUGAAGGCGAAAUUAAACCAGAAAACAAAGAAGACAGCAUUGAAAACGUGAGAGAGAGAGACAGCUCCAGCUGCUGAUUCAUAAACCAGAAGCCUGACAUGUUUGGAAGUCCUUUUCAAUAAGCACACGAUUAGUGUGGGUGUAUUGGCAAGGGCCAUAGACAUUCUGCUCUGGUCACUGUAUUCAGAAUACAGGUUCUUUUCUGGUGUCACUUUUGUAAGUAGCAACUAUAAACAUAAGUAAGCUGUUUAGCAAAAUACAUGUUCCUAGUAGGUUUUGGUUUUUUGAUCUUAAAAAAGAUGAGAUUUUCUUUUCCUAAAUACUGUAUUAAGUAUGACUUCUUUUAGAAGGUUACAAAAAUAUUCAGAUGUUGAUACCUUUUCAAGAAAUGUGCAUACCACUCAUCAAAUGGAAUGAUGAAAGUUUGAGGUGCUUGUGCAUAAUUGGAUAAACAAAACUGAUCAACCUAAUACGAUUUUAAAAGCCCCCCAAAGAAUCUUCUGUUUUGGGUCUGAUCCUCUUGAUGGAGAAACUGCAGCAGCGUGGAAAUUGUUGGGUACUGUGGCAUACAAGUUAUUUUCUAUGGUAGACUGAGAUAAACUUAAAACUCAGGAGCUGGCAUCAAACUCAGUCCCAUAGUCAGUGUUAAUUACACACAUCGUUAACUAUUGGAUGAAAAAUACAUGAUGUUAAUUGUGUCCAAAGCCUCCCAAGGACCUCCAAGGGGAUGCUCUGGUAGCCUGAAUACAGAAUUGAGGUGGAAGUCUAAACCUUGAAUUUAACAGUAAUACGUUGGUAAACCAUGUGCUCUGUGCUAUGAGUUAAUUAUGUUUUCCCAUAUACUAAUGUGGCACAAGUACCAUAUUUUAUCACAGUUCUUAUGUACAGUGAAGAUAAGUGACAAGCACACAUUUUUCUUGCUUCACUGCUGUUCUAUAUUACACAGGUUUGUUGUUUUUUUUUUUUUUAAAAAAAGAAAUUAAGCAGUAGUUAGUCUCUAAGAAUACAAUGUUUCAGGCUACCACAGUGAAUAAAUAGAAAUGUAAUCAGGGAUUAAAAAAAAAAAAAACUUAUGCAGCUUUUCAAAGUUGAUUGUUUCAAAAUUGGUGUUUAUUUAAAAUAAGUGGUAAUGUACUUGAAUGCACUUUUUAUGACAAUGAUUCAGUAAUGGUAAUUUUACUAUUAAAGAAAGUGAAAGGUUUAGUUUUGUUAGCAUGGCUCAGCAUGUAGCUUUCAGGUGUUUUUCACCUAAGGGCAAAAGAAAAUGAUAGUAAUAAUUGCAGUAGUUGUAUUGUAUUGUAUUUUUGCACGUGUGGUAAGCAUAGGCUUGAAGAGGUGGGUAGGCAGGUACAUGUACUUCCUAAAUUUAGAGAUAAUUAUCUUUCUGUAAUUUCAUUAUGCUUGACUAUUUCCAUGUUCUCCCAAUGAUGAUUUUACAGUUACUUACCACUUUACUCAUGGAGACUUAAAAUGUAAUGUUUUUCAACUGUAUCUUUCCUUAACUGGACAAUACUGCUAUAUGAUAUGCUAACUACAGACUGCGUUAAUUCACUAAGCGAAUUCUGUUAUGCUGUAAUAUGAACUCUCCUCACCACAACUUAUUAAAAAGGCACCAACAGUUUCCCAUUAA